AUGGAGCGACGCCCGUGGUGGCUGAGUCCUCUCCUCAGCCUGCUUCUCUGUCUCCGCGGCUUCUUCCUCCGGUCCAGAGGAGGAGGCUUUGACGGUGCGGAUCCGCGGCAGCGUGACUAUGGCGACAAGCGAGAUGAAGAACAUGGCGCGGCUCCUCGGGCAACCCGAGGAGAGAGAGAUGAAGAAAGCAACGACCCCGCGCGCGGAGGGCAGUUCGACGAGGGCGGGACGAAGGAGGCGACGGCGCGGCUCCACAGGCAGGCCUCCACACACGCCAGGGGCGGAAUAGCACCAACCAGGACACCGUGGUCGUGUGGGAGCGAGGUUACAGAGAAGGAGACCACAUACAUGUUCAGUACAGCAGGGUUUGUCUGGGAUGUGUCGAUUCCACAUAAGUCUGGAUGUCAAAAGGCUUUGCUUUUGCAUAUUUCAUAUGGAAGCAGGAUGCAGAAAAUGUAUGGCUAUAAAAAUAUUAAUGGAAAAGUUGUUGCAAGAGACCUGUGGCUGUUGAUUGGGCAAAGUACAUACUGUUGCUGUAAAAGCUGA